AUGGCCAUCUCCACACCCACCCCCUCCUCCACCAUCCCCCGAGGUCCCAUAACAGCCAACAUAAACUUCACCCACCCACCACCCGCCGGCACCACAGCCUACAACUACGUCGACGCGCCCCCCGCCGGGCAGGCGCAGCGCAACAUAGAGACCAACCCACAACCCGUGCCCAUAACCGACAUCCGCGGCCAGGAAUCCUCCUACAAUCUCGACCGCGACGCCUUCCAGAUCAUCGCCUCCCAACCACCAUCCGCCGAAGUCCUUUUCGAAGACGACGCCUCCAUCGAGUCAAACUACUACCCGGAAGUCGAGAAACUCCUCCUCCACCACAUCCCAAACAGCACGCGCGUGGUAAUCUUCGACCACACAGUGCGGCGCGCCGGGCCCAACGCCAAGCGGUCCGCCGUGCAGUACGCGCACAUCGACCAGACGGCCUACUCGACCCAAAAACGCGUCCGCCGCCAUAUAGAGGACGCCGACGAGGCCGAGGCACUACUACACAACCGCUACCGCAUCGUCAACGUCUGGCGCACCCUCAACGCGAAGCCCGUCGAGGCCAUGCCGCUGGCGUUCGCGUCGAGCGCCUCGCUGGACCAGAAGGACGUCAUCCCCGUCAAGCACAUCUACUCGACGGGCUAUGAGGGCGAGACGGCUGCUAUCGCCCACAAUCCGGAGCAGAGGUGGCACUACCUGAGCGGCAUGACGGGCGACGAGCGGAUCUUGCUCGAGUGCUUCGAUAGCGAGGGCUUGCGGGAGGGAUCGGGCGUUGAGGGCGGCCGGGUGCCGCAUAGCGCCUUCGAGGACCCCAGGACGAGGGCGGACGCCGAGGGCAGGGAAAGUAUCGAGGUACGGGCCCUGGUCUUCGGGCCCUGA